AUGACGGCAGCGAAAAAUACUUUGGAUACCUUAUUACAGUCUCAUUUAGACGCAUUCCGGACUGCGGUUCCCACGCAGGAUUGUCACACCGUUCACAACUCUUUCGAAGCAAUAUUCUCUAGCAAUGAUAGUGAUCGAGCAGAUUGCGAGUCAGCUUGGAAAGAUCUUGUCAGAUAUAUAUGUUCUAUUCCCGAUAAAUACGCAAGGAUGGGCGAUCAAUAUGAGAUAGAAACGAUGGCAUUUGCGUAUGGAGAAUUACUGUCAAAAAUUUGUAAAAGAGGACAUUCCAGUGAGUCUCAAUCUAUCGUGCCCGACCUUUAUACAAUGCUUCGAACACACCUUCCAACGACAUCAUCAUCGUCAUACUGCACUAUUUGGCAGCAGACUAUUCACUCGUUUCAACCGCUCGCGUUGGAACUUUUCCUGACUUCCUUUCUCAUCUACUGUCAGGAGACCGUUCUCUCAUCGAUAUCCUCAACUUUGAUCGACGACAAAUCACGUUCUAAAGUAUUAAAAACUGCACAAUUACUCAAACUUAUAAUUGGAGAUAUUAAUGGAGAACAACUGGCUUACUUGUUGAAAUACAAGUACUUUGUUGGUGGAGUACUGUUUGAGAAUAGCAUCUUAAGGGUUUUGUGCUGUUUUUUGAGCUGGGGAACAACGAUCAAUAAUGCAGUCGGUAUGGAAGAGAAAACAAGUAUUUUGGGAAAGUACAAGGUCGAUUUGAGCGUGGAUAGUGAACUCGUGCAACUCUUGAAGACUUUAUUGAGUGCAUGGUCAGAUCCGACAUUCGUUAAACAUGGCUCAACCAGGAGUCAUCUCUAUCUUACGAAUGCCAUUCUUAUAAUAUUCGGAUACCUUCCCAAGGAGGUCUUGAUCGAUGCUGGCAUCUCCAAGAUUCUUGCAACAGGCGUGACGCAUUGGCUUGGAGGUUCUUUUACAGAAUCAAGAAAGAUUGGAAUGGUUACAGCCGAGACGCUGUCGCAACUUACAGAUGGUCCUGAUAAAGCAUUGGAUUUCGGUUUAGCUUCUGAUGACGAGUUUGUGAACCAGCUGAGGAUUAUCUCCAAAGCCAGAGAUGCUUUUGUAGAAGAGGCCUACGAUGAGGAGAAUGAAAAAGAAGCGAUGGGAGAAAUCAAACAAGAAAAUAGUCAGACGGCAAGUACACAAAUAAUUCCAGCAAGUUCUGUCAACGCGCCUACGCAUACCACUGCAAAAAGUGGUAGCAUAAUCCAACAGAUACCUGAUUCGGAUGAUGAAGAUGACUUUGUGCCAUAUCCUAUGGAAGAAGAAAUUGAUAGCGAAAGUUCCGACGUUGAAUUUUCAAUGCGAGAGAAGGGGAAGAAACUCACAGUACCAAUUUAUUUGAGAGACUUGAUUGGAUAUCUAAAAUCACACGAGGAACCUAACAAGAUUGAGAUUGCGUUAAAGCACGCAAGUGAAUUGAUUUGCAAGAAAAGCACAUUCGGAACUGAGCUAGAUGAACAUGCCAUCGAUCUGGCUACUGUCUUGAUGUCCAUUCAAGAUUCUUACAAGAUUAAAGGAUUUGAAGAAAGUAGAAAUGCCGCACUUGUAGCGCUCGGUUGUGGAAGUCCAAAAAUUGUUAUCCCAUACCUUAUUCAAUACUUGGUAGAAAAGCAACUAUCCAUAGCUCAGCGAUUCACGAUACUGGAUGUCAUUGCAAAAUGUGCUCGAGAAAUAUCGGGCAUAAAGUCACAGGAGUCUAUGCCUGCUGACAAAAAAUACGCCCUUGAUACGGUCAGCAGGCAGCCAACAGGGGAUAGUCUUGAUGCGAUUCAGCAAAUGAGCGUUCCAGUGGGUAAAAUUACACGACUUUCGAAACGACCGCAAAUUGAGGUUGCGCGCGCAAAGUCUGUCAGUGUUAAUAGAUUUGACGAAUUGGCUUAUAAGACAUUUUUUGCUCCCUUGGCUACUGGAUGGUGGAGCUGGGCUCGUGAUAGGAGUCGAACACAACUUGUAUACGAGCCUCUUCUGAUUCAAAAGGUCAUCACGACCCUGGCAGUGAUAGUUGAAUGUUCAAUACGCGAGUUUUGGGAUUUGAUCCUUUCUAUUCGGUAUUACUCAGAUCCCAUAGUCCAAGGUUCGAUACUUUACAGUCUUAGUAUAAUCCUAAACAUGGUUGCUAAACGUGACAUCGCAGAGUUGCACGGGAAAGAGUUGAUAGAAUCGCAAGAGUGGGUUACAAGUGUAUUUGAAAAAUUGGAAGAUGAAAGGCUAAAGUCAAUGGCGGCAUUGAUUCUAGUAAGAAUCAAGAAUAUUGUAGGAGAAUAUCAAAGAUUGUUAAUUGGAGAACUAUUGCCUGUCGUCUAA